AUGUUCGGUGCUUGGAUUUCGGAGGUGCCAGCGGGGCAGAUAAGGACCGCUUCCUGGUGUCUGGGGGGAGGAGGCGCGCCCCCGCCCCUCGUUCGGAACGCUCUCUAUCUCCAGCCCCUCAGAGGAAGUCGCGGCGAAGAAGCUGCUUCCAGGCCCAGCGCGCCUCUCCAGGUGCCCGUCCCGCUCCCGCGGCGCCUUCGUCCGGGAGGCUCUUCGCGGCGGCCGGACCCGGCCGACUUCCCUUCCAGCCGAGGCGCCUCCUUCCGCUCAGCGCCGCGCGGCUCCGUUCGGGACGUGUCCGCGCCUCCGCGACCACCGGAGCCACUUCGGGACGAUGCUGGGGCCGCCGGUGAGUGCGCGGUGCAGCGGCCGCGUCUCGGUCCCCGGGCGCCGCCGCCCUCCGUCCCGGGCCACCUCGUGGGGCCCGCGCGCCCAGGACACGCGGGGGCCGCCGAGGGGCCCGGGCGCCGUCACAGGCACUCGCAGCCCGCGGCGCAGCAGCCCGGCCGGCACACGCACACGCGCACCGCGCACCCGCGGCCCACGCGGACCCCUGCUCGGGGCGGUGGUCAGCACCCAUCCUCCGGGCGGGGGCGCGGGGUCUGGGCGCUGGUGGCCGGCGUCCUGCUGGCGCUGUCGCCGGGCCGGGCGGGGGGCGCCCCGAGGGCGGGCCGGCGGCCGGCGCGGGCGCGGGGAUGCGCGGACCGGCCCGAGGAGCUCCUGGAGCAGCUGUACGGGCGACUGGCGGCCGGCGUGCUCGGCGCCUUCCACCACACGCUGCAGCUGGGCCCGCGCGAGCAGGCGCGCAACGCCAGCUGCCCGGCCGGGGGCAGGCCCGCCGACCGCCGCUUCCGGCCGCCCACCAACCUGCGCAGCGUGUCUCCCUGGGCCUACAGGAUCUCCUACGACCCCGGCCGCUUCCCCAGGUACCUGCCCGAGGCCUACUGCCUGUGCCGGGGCUGCCUGACCGGGCCGCACGGGGAGGAGGAUGUGCGGCUGCGCAGCGCCCCGGUGCUUGUGCCCGCAGUGGUCCUGCGCCGGACCCCAGCCUGCGCGGGCGGCCGCGCCGUCUAUACCGAGGAGUACGUCACCAUCCCCGUGGGCUGCACUUGCGUGCCCGCGCCGGACAAGGAUGCAGAUGGCGCCAACUCCAGCCUGGACAAGCCGGCCCGGCCCUGA